GUUGAUCAAAAAAAUGUCAGGCGGGGUCGGUCCGAUUGGGUCCGAUAUCACCAUCCCGAAAGAGCAGGAAGUUAUCCACAAAGAACAGCAAGACCCAAAUCAUUCCCUUAAAAUCCCUAAAAUCAAGUCCACUUUCCUCUCUUUUCCUCAUCUCAAUUCCCUAGCAGUCAUAGUAAUCCUAGCCUCAAGUGGAAUGGUAAGCCUUGAGGACUUCUCCUUCCUUAUCUUCUCCUUCAUAUACCUCGUCUUCAUCUCCAGAGUUGCCUUCCCUUCAAAACCCAACACCAUUUACCCCCCAGUCUUUGACCCUAAGAGCAAGCUUCUUCGUCUGUAUGUCAACAUAGGGGCAGUUAUAGGACUCUACGGCCCAAUAGCCUACAUAUUGCAGGGCACUUAUGAGGGUGAUAAGGAGGGCAUAAAGGCAGCUUCACCCCAUUUGUUUCUUCUGGCAAGUCAGAUCUUCAUGGAAGGGAUUGCUUUCACAGGGAAAUUCUCACCUCCAAGUAGGGCUUUUGUGCCUGUGUUCUAUAACUCUAGGAGGAUCUUCACCAUUGUGGAUUGGCUCAGGACUGAGAUUUACAAGAUUGAAGCACAGCAAAGUGGGUCUGGUAAGAGAGUGAUGGCAGGCAGGGUUCUUGCUGUGGCUAAUAUGGCGUUCUGGUGUUACAAUCUGUUUGGGUUUCUCUUGCCUGUUUAUCUUCCUAAAGUCUUCAAGAUGUACUACUCUGGGAAUAAGGAAAAGGAGUGACUGCUUUGGCCUUUGAGUUCUUGU